AUGGCUGGCGGGGGUUAUCCCUGCCUCAUGGUGAUGGCCCUCAUGGCAACGGGAGACCUGCGCUGGUCCCAAGCCGAUCACCUGCACUGGCAAAGGCUUCCCGAAGAACAGCCUGCCAGAAGAUAUGAACAGACAGACAUAAAUGCUGGCACGGAAGAGACUACUCGUCUCCAUGCAGCUCAGAGGACCCAGACAGCUGCUGACCUGCAGAUGGAUCCCCCGGGCGGCCUACCCCCUGGAGAAGUAAAGGACCCUGCAUCUGGGUUUGUAGGGGGCCCACAGAAGAUUGUCCCUGGCGCUGUGAGUCGUGUAGGACUGAGGAACACAGACCCUCCGGUACCCCAGUUUUAA